GCGCAGUGCGCCACUUCUAAUUUGCACGCAAGUUGCAUUGGACGUGUGGAGGGCAGAAGUUUGCGAGUUGGAAACGACAAAAACUUAACAGAAUUAUCGGCUUUUGGAGGACAGUAGAUCGCCAAAAUGCCAGCUACUGGCAAAGGCACGAGUAAUGCUCCGAUUACGGAGCAGAUCUCGGAGGUGUCACGUAAAAUAGCUUUGCUAGAUGGCGACCGCAAGGCCUACUUUGAGAGUUCGCAAUGGACCAUCAGCCAGAACCGGGAUACCAUCAGCAAGCUGCGUAAGGAGAACAAGAUGCUGCACAAGGGGCUGGCCGCCAGCAAGGCCGGGGACGAGAGAGUUAUCAACACGGCCUUCAAAGAGAGGAACGUGGAGAGGGCCUCCCUCAGGGGCAAAUCGGGGAAGGAAGCCAUACUUCAGAUGGAUCAGAAGGUCUGCGAGGCCAAGAAACGACUGAACUACGAGAACGCUCAGACCCUCAAGAUGGAGAAGAAGCUAGCCGAGCUGGAGACACAGUAUGCUCAGAUGAGGAAAGAUGCAUCGGACGCUGAUGCCAUGGAUGCGGGCACGUCAGACGAAGCAAUGACCUUGCGCUCGCUGGAGAAUCGUCUUGACAAGGCGCUCCUUAAGCUCCACGAGGCGGAGCACAUCAAUCGCACCUACCUGGCCAUCCGAGACCAGAUGGUCAAGGACAGCUUGACCUUUGGCAACGACCUGGACGUCUUGGAGGCCGAGAUUGACACACAGAAGGAAGAAGUGAAGAGGUUGCAGACUAUGAACCGGGACGCGCAGAUCUCCAGAGACGUAGCCAAGGCGGAGCUAUCCAAGCAUGAGGAGACAGUCUACCGAGAGAAACGUGAGCGUGAAGAGGCCCUAGCAGACCUCCGGAAACAAGCCGAAGAAAAGAAGGCGCACGCUGAAAGAGUAGAAAGAAGGCUUCACCGAGCGUCGAUCCAGCAUGACGAGCUCACCACUGAACAGAAGCAGUUGAUCAGCGGCGAGGAACAAGAAAAGAAGAUUGGUUCUUACGAGGAGGCAUUCCAUGCCAUCAAGGAUGCUACAGGCGUCAGUGACCUCCAUGAGGUAGUGAUGCGGUUUGAGUCUCAAGAAGAGACCACUAGGCAUCUUGAAGAUCUCAAGGAGAGCGGAGAGAAGCAAGUCAAUCGUCUCAAAGAGGACAAAGCUAAGCUGCAGAGAGAGUUUGAGGAGAUGAAAUAUUCAGGCGAGGCAAGACUGUCCAGUGGACAGAGGAUGCUGGAGGACUUUCAGACCCACCUUAAGAAUGAGGAAGAUCGCAGGGAGGCUUCUCAGGACAAACUGGACAAGUCCAGCAAGAUCCUGGUCAACGUCAAGUCGGGCGUUGAACAUCUGGCCGACAAGCUGCAGCACCUCAAAGCAAGCAAGGGUCACGUGCCCCAAGCCCAACUAUCUCCAACAUCAGAUGAGUUUGUCUUAGAUCUUCUAUCCACCUGCGAAGAGAAACUCCUCAAACUGAUGGAAGAUUUAGACGGACACGACGUUGACGACACACUCCAACAAAUGGAGGAUGAGGAGUUCCACGUUGGCAUUGAGGGGCAGAUGCCUCAACAUAACACCCGUAUCAAGCUUGCCGCCGUUGCGAGAGACACUGCAUAUGAUGAUGAUGACGAGAGCGGCGACGAUGAGGAUAUCAUCACAAGGAGCCAACUCAAGAAGCAGGCCCAGACCUUAGUGGACUCUAAGACAAAGAAACACAAGGUCCGCGCUCGCAAGAAGAAGGGCAAGUAAACAGCGCCCCCGCCUGAUUCAUCAGAGCUGCGAGGACUGGACCGACAAUUAUAUGUAUAUGACCAACAAGUCUGGUGCCUAGACUCGUGCCUCGACUCUCUGCUGUUUUUCUGUGGAAUUGUAUUUUCGCUUGCAUGCCACGCUCUAAUACUAAAAAAGCCACAGAUGGUCUGUAGAUUGGUGUUUCUGAAACCACGGAUGCAUCUUUGGUUUGGAUUCCAGAGAUUUAUUUUAGCUCCCAACUUGGGGGCACUAGCUCAACACAUUUCAUGUUCUGCAAUAUGAGAUUCAAAUGUACGGGGUUUGCAUUAGGUUUGGAAAUUUAAGGCUUUGAAAUGGUUGCGGAACCAGAGAUGCAGCCAAACCCGAGACAAAACUCUGGUUUCACAAACCUUCCAAUGACUUGUCUACUGCACUGUAAUGUAUUCCCAUUUAACCAGCUCAUGAAUCCGUCCAGUUAAAAUCAUUUAAAUUUCUGAUGUUAAAAUAUUAAUUGUAAAUAGUGUUGAAUGACGAUUAUUCCUUAAGAAUUAGACAUUCUCUAAAGUAUAGUUGCUACAAAUCGUGAAAUGUUCAUUUUUAAACCUUUAAGU